UUACGAAUUUUUUCGGUGGAAAGCCGGGCACUGUAAAUCGUGGGAUGGGAAAAUCUCUGCGUAGUGUCUCCCGCAGUGGCCGUCUUCUCUUCGCUUCGUUCAAUCUUCUCCGGCUAUAUCCAACCCCGCAGCUGCAUGGAGGAUCGCGAUCACUGGAAACCCUAGCUUACGAGGAGAUCCGCAUCUUCAAGCGCCCCUUUUAUUCAACCGCCUUCAUCCUUCAUGGGCUUCUAGGAUCCGCUAGGAACUGGAGGACCUUCUCCAGAAAUCUUGCCUCUGAGCUUCAGAAAUCUUCGCCUUUGAAUGAAUGGAGGAUGGUUCUUACGGAUUUGAGAAAUCAUGGAAGAUCGGCUGGAAUUAAAGGGUUUGAUCCUCCACAUGACAUGGCGAAUGCUGCGAGGGAUCUAGCUAAUUUAGUGAAGUCCCAGGAAUGGGAUUGGCCAGAUGUUGUCAUUGGACACUCCUUGGGUGGAAAAGUUGCUCUAGAAUAUGCAGCUAGUUGUGCUCGUGGGGACUAUGGGGAAUCUGCUGUUUUGCCGAAGCAG